CUGAAAAGAGCAUGAAGCAGCAGUCCGCCUUUUAGGGUUGUAGUCCGCCAUAAAACCCACAGAAGAAGAAGAAGAUAAAACAAUGAUAAACCUUCUGUAUCGGUUUUCGGGAAUAGUGUUUAUUAUCAGUGCUCUGUUGGGGGCUAUGACGUCUGAAGUGAAGACAUUGACAGGAAGAGAGGGCCAGAGUGUCACUCUUAACACUGGAUGUCCUGUAUUACAGAGUAAUGCUCAGAUACUGUGGUCAUUUGGUCCAGCAGUGAUAGUUAACAGUCAGGUCUUGAAAGAAAAAAUGAUCAGAGACCAUCUGCAGCUGGACAGAGAGACUGCAUGUCUCACCAUCCGAAACCUCACCACCAACAACAGUGGAGUUUAUCAACUUCAAAUCAUCAGUGGACAACAUAUCUCAUCUCAGCAUUUCAAUCUAACAGUCUUUCCUCCUGUGUCCAAUCCUGUCAUCACUUCUCACACAGCUGGCAAUGAGAGCUGUUUAGUGGUGUGUUCUGUGAAAAACGGGAAAGGUGUGAUCCUGUCCUGGUACAGAGGACAGGAGACACUCAACCAGACCAACAGCCCUGACCUCUCCACCAACCUCUCUCUCCCUCUGGAAAUAAAGCCACAGGACAGUGACACCUACAGAUGUGCUGCUUCCAACCCAGUCAGCAAUGAGACAAUCAAACUCCUUAUUAAGGAGUUUUGUCCACAUUUUCCAGGUCCCACUGUACCUUCUUCAAUCACUAAACGGAAAUAUAUACUGUCUGGUGUCCUGAUAGCUGUUGGCUUGAUGACACUCGGGCUAAUAGUUUGGAUAUACUGGAGGAACAAAAAACGAAAAGACAAAGAUGGUACUGAUAUAAUCUACGUAGAUGUCGUCCAACUAUCACAGAAUACACCUACAUCACAACAAUCGCGAGGACAUGAUAGUGCAGAUGCCUCAGAGAUGGUUGAAGAAACUGUUUACUCGGGUGUUCGCAUUAGACAACCCACUGAAGAUGACCAUAGUCAUUGUUCAUAAUAUUGCCUUGUUAGGUCUAUGGCAUUUCAUUACUCAGAACUGGCCAUUAGGGUCCUGAAUGCUUAGCAACUGACAGAAGUCAAUCGCAUUGGUGCUUUACUUGUAACUGAAGCUUCAAUCAGUAUUAUUGAGCUUCAGUUUCUUUUUACUAGUUACUUGUGACUAUUUAUUUAUUGUAAUAAAUUUUUAGACACAACA